AUGUUCGCCUCGGACAAUCUACAGAUAGACACGCGCCUCGUGGCCGACACAACUAGCUCCUACUUCGACCCCUUCAGGGCUACGCUCGCCAUGAAACAUUGCCAAGGUCAAAAGACACUCUACCUGCGCUCAUUUAGCCUUUUUGCGGGCUCGGAGCCGCCGCCCGGUCUCAGGGAUGCAGAAUGCAUGAUCAGCGCACUGGCAGGGCUCCGUGCCAUGGCACCGAGACCACUUCCAUUUCCUCCAGCGGGUUGCAUUGACGAGACGGACACCUUCGGGACGAAACGAAAACCGUCGCUCCUGUCAUACGGGCCCAUCGUCCCUUUGCAAUGUGCUAAGCGAGCCGAUCAGUUGGUAGGCUGCAAAGUCCUGGCGCUGGCAGGACAAUUGGUGUCCAUUGUACCACACCAUUUCUGGCAGCGAUCGGCGCGACACGCACCGUCUCGUACUCUCGAUUUCUUGACGUUUGUCACGUCCAGACUCAGGCUCGCGGAAUGCAGGCACAGUACAUGCGCUACGCUUAACUUUUUAGAUGCUUGGGCUUGGACUCUUAAAAACCCAGCAAUCCUCGACCGCCCAGGUGUAGACUCCAAGUUCUUUUUUUUUCGCCCCACCAUCCCUGCUAAACCUCCUCUCUUUCCUUACCCUUACCAAAAUCCCUCCCAGACCGCGCUCAGCCAGUCAAACCCCACCAACAUACUCGAGUGCAUGACUGGCAUGGCACGCCUCCGCGACCUCCCACACGACAUCCACCUCGCCAUCCUCACCCUCCUCCCAGCCGCAGACGCCCUACAUCUCCUCCGCGCGCUGUGCCUCCGCGAACUAUACACCUCGCGCCACCUCUGGUGCGCCAUCCUCGCACGCGAACGGCGCGUCCGCCCGCUACCGUGCCCGGAGCACGUCUACACGUGGGACCUCGAUCUCGCGGCGGCGCAGCGCAUGGUGCGCAGGGCGCUCGAUGUCGCGUGCAAUAUGGCGCGGCCUGAGUUGAGGCCGAGACAACUGGUAGUCGGAGGCGGCAGUGGCAAGUCUGACGCUUACGCGGAGUCGGAUUUGUCGGGGGCGACGGGCUCCGGUGCUGUGUAUCUUGGGUUCACGGCGGCAAUUCUGCAUGUUGUUCCGGGGACGGGUGUGGUUAUUCUGCAUUCCCCGCUGAGUCAAAGGGGGGAUUUGUGGUACUACGACGUCGGCACGGGGACGUGCAGAAGGUGCGGGCAGGUCGGUGAUCAAGUUGACCAUAUCGCGUUCAAGGAGGCACGGGAUCGUCUGCUUUUUGCUGUCGCUGUGAAGCGGCGCGAUACAGUGGAAGACACGCGCUCACUUGUCUACGUCGUCGACAUUAACUACAAAGAUCGCACCGCGCCUGUUGUAUCGUUCCACGAGGGACAAUUGCACGGCUGUUCACUGGGCAUUUUUAUCUUCGACUCCGUCCCCUCUGACGAAUCGAACUUAAUCGUCGGAAGCCUUUGCCUCGUGAACGCGAACACGAGGGAAUAUCCCCACAACGUCCUCGCUCUGGAAUUUGUGCGUAUCAACGACACCAAGCACAGGCGAGUAUUUGUCACCACUGGUGUCCCGGAGGUUGUUCGUGAAGCCGAGAUGCGUCCAACGGCCUACACUUUCAACGGCGACGUAUACAUCGCCGAAGGCAACGCGUACCGCGUGUCUAUCCACCGGAUACCUCCUCGCUGUCUGACAGUAGUCAAGGACCUUUUCUCGAGCUCGAGCUCGGGCCCAAACAAGCUGAAAAUUCGAGACUAUAAGAUCCCACUAGGCCUGGACGACACGCUCUUGCACUCUUUCAGCACGCAUCCGAGCCCUGGCAAGCGGCUCCUCGAGCGACAGCGGCUCGUUCCCGUCUAUCCUACGUACGGCCUGCACCUGGUCUCUGUCCACGAGUUCGCAGAAGACUUGCGCGAGGAUCCAUCGUGCUAUGGUAAUAUUAAUGGCCAGGAGCUGACGUUGUUUCAGAGGCAGAGGAGCAACUACUUGAAGCACUCUACGACGCUGACCUUCUGGCUGGCUUCUCUUUCUCCACGUUCUGUCUCAAGCUCGGGUGCUUCGAGUAGCAAGGGUUCUCAGGCGAUACCGCUCGAACAGACUCACACUCAGCCUAGCCUGGAUUUCAAGCCGCAGGUACCUAGCACUUCCACUACCGUGGAGGACUCCUUUGCCAGCGCGGGAAGGCGCGACCUGCUCCAUGUCUCUCGGUCCGGCGCGUACUGCUUCUAUGUCUCGAAGAAACAGAGAGUGCAAGGCAAGACUCUGAUCACGGUUCUGCACCACGAUAUCUUGACGGGGGCGACCUCGCGUCAUACACUGGCUUUAGGGAUGUCGAAACACGAUAUUUAUUCACUUGCUUUUGACGAGAACGACGCUUUGCUGCUGGUUACCACGAAGGACUCGCAACUGCACACUUAUUCGUUCGACGGGUGUCGUAAUGGCUGA